CGAACUCGAGCGUGAUGGUUGUCGUCAGUCAAGAAGGAAGAGAACAGCGAACCUCGCAGGGCACAACGGAGUGGUCACGUCACAUGCCCGAGCGCCUACCCGAUCGGGAUAUAUCGCAUCACGUGGGCGCUGGUACCGGAUGCGGCUAGUCGCUGCGCUGUGGGCGACUCUGCGGCGCCGUAUGUUUUUGUUGAUUUCCUGCUUCAAAGAGAAACAAAACCGUCCGCAAAGUGGCGCAUCGCAACAGCCUCGUUGAGUCCCGACGCAACGCGCCCUCCCCCCUCGAGAUGAAAAGCUGUUCUCCCCACCACUAAACCCUCCUUUUCUCGAAUUCCAGAAAUCGCAUUCGUCAGACCGCCGAGAAAGGGAUAAAGACAGUGUUGAAUCAACCCUUGCUGCCAGGGGAAAUCGUCCACAAUGCCCCGCGUCGCAAACCCCAGGCAUCGCCGUUCCGGUGGUGGUGCUUCCACCCCCCACAAAAACUCGCCUUUGAAAAUCCCCCUCAAUGAUGACUUGGGUGAGAAGGCGGCCCGCAUGGAGGCCCGUCAAGCGCGCCAUGAUCGACAAAUGGACCAGAUCAAAGCCGCAGUGAAGACACCUAUGCCUCCCCGCAGAUAUACGAGUUAUGAGCGCGCAUCCAGCAUGAGUCCGGUCACACCCCGAGGGUCAGGUCACCGAGGUCGAGAGAGCGAUGUAGAUGGCCGAAGAGCCGUGACCCCGAUGAAGCGGGUCCCCAUUCUGGCCAACUUUGAGGAAUGGAUGAAAAUGGCAACCGACAACAAAAUCAAUGCGAACAAUUCGUGGAACUUUGCUCUCAUCGAUUACUUCCAUGACAUGUCCCUGCUGAAGGAAGGCGAUGGCGUGAAUUUUCAAAAGGCCAGCUGCACCUUGGACGGCUGUGUGAAAAUUUAUACGAGCAGAGUUGAUAGUGUUGCUACGGAGACUGGGAAGCUCCUCAGUGGAUUGGCCGAUAGUCGCGAUAGAAAAGCCCGCGAAGCCGGUGCAGAUGGGGAGGAGGUCGAUGAUGAAGAUGAAGAAGGCGAGGAAGGAGCGACAAGAAAGAGUCGACGGAAGCAACGCUCCCAUGAGGCGACAUUGGCACCGUCUUUUGCUGCCCUCCAACUCAAAAAGUUCGAACUUGAGUUCUCGGUCGACCCAUUGUUCAAGAAGGCUUCCGCAGAUUUCGACGAAGGUGGCGCCAAAGGAUUGCUUCUUAACCAUUUGGCGAUCGAUGGCCAAGGACGGAUAGUGUUUGAUAGCAGCGAUGAUGCUGCCGAAGAAAGCUCAAAGGAAGCAGAGAGUACACGUCAGAAUUCAGAAGAGCCUGAACGACCAGACUCGCCUUCCCCUUCAAGGGAAUCUCCCGGUGAGGUGUUUGAGGAUAGUAUGGAUAUCGAUAUCACCCCGCUGGCCAACCAAUUCUUCCCCGAUCUAGAGCGACUUGAGGGGCAGGACAUUUGCCCGUCGUUGAAGAACUUUGAUCUUGGAGAUCCGAGCGGAUCGAUAGAUAUCCCUUUUCUUAAGGCACCCGAAGACUGGCGAAAUGAGAAGGGUAACGAGCAAGGUCGCAACUUGAACGAUGCAUCUGGAAUCAUGCUUGAUGAUGACAAUGCUGUAGGGUUCGACGAUGAUGAUGAUGCCACUUUGGCUGGAUUUGACCUCACUGGGGACGCCGGCUUCGGCGAUGGUGGAGAAGUAUGGGCUCGUGAGGCCGCACUCGAACCAAUGCUCAAAGUUCAUCGGGUAGACCGGGAUGGCGAUGAGAACCAGGACGGCGAAGAAAUUGACAACGAUGACGCAUAUGCCAUAUCUCUUACUCACCAGCCCGACAAUCGAGAUCACGAGAAUAUCCUCAGUUAUUUUGACAAUGCCCUGCAGAAGAACUGGGCAGGGCCAGAGCACUGGAAAAUCCGGAAAAUCAAGGAGCAUGCGGCCGCCAACACUGCGAAUAUGGCACCAAAGCAGCGCAAAGAGAAGGAGCCCUUCGAAAUCGACUUUGGUGCGCCUCUGGAUCCGUCCAUGGCCGAGCUGAUUUACACUCCCGCUAGCUCCAACUCCACCAUCUCCUUGCCCAAAACGCAAUGGAAAACCAAAGGUCGCAACCUACUUCCUGAUGACAAACAUUUCAAUUCACGGCAAUUACUCCGCCUGUUCCUGAAGCCAAAAGCCAGGAUGGGCUCCAAGCGCUUGGCGGGGUCUCGACAGUUCAAUCAUCGACGCCCAGAUCAAACAUCGGGCAGUGGAGACAUGGACGAGGCGUUCUGGGCGAACCAUAAAUCUGAAGCGGACGCAGAGCCUGGUGAAGAAGGCGCCCCCGGAGCAUAUGAUGCCAACUUUUUUGCAGACGAUGACGGUCUUGCAUUCCCGAACGGCAUCGAUUUGGGUGACGAUGACGACGACAAUCUCCCGUUUGCCGACGCCAGAGAGAUGCUAUCUCCACCCGCCGAUGGGACUGCAGGGUCUUCGGCUGGAGAAGCAGGCGGUGCUUCCGGCCUGGCGGCGCUUCUCAACAUGGUCGGAUCAACGCCUGGUUCGGGCCUACAGAACGGUGCUGGCGGAUUUGGGUCACAACUUGUAACGCAAGGUGGUCGAAGAGCGCGACCCGAUUAUGUAGCCUAUGCACGGGUUGCAAAGAAGGUCGAUGUGCGGCGCCUCAAACUGGAGAUGUGGAAGGGCAUGGGCGACCGAUUGAUCGCCGCCACGCACUUCGACACUCCCCAAGAAAGCACUGCCAACAGCCCUCCGGAGACCUCUCAACCCGACGGAACGCCAACACCCACGCCACUAGACAACCCCUUGGACCAGGUGGAUGACAACGAGAGUAAUCGACUGCGCUUCACACAUGUCAUGAAUUCUCUGAAGUCGGUCUAUGCUCCAGAUACGCUCCGUGACAUCAGCACCUCAUAUGGGUUUAUUUGUCUGCUUCAUUUAGCCAAUGAACAAGGACUUGUCUUGCAAAAUGACAACCGUCCUGGUGGCGACGGCGAGGCUAAGCUGGAAGAAAUCUUUGUUGUGAAGGAUGCCAACGCGAUCAUCGAGGAAGGGGCUAUAUAACAUAAGACAUCAUGGAUGAAAACAUUGUUUUUCCUGGGUUCAACGGCUAUGUUAUGUUCUAUGAGGUAUGCUGUAUGGGUUGGAGUUUACGCAGGCUUGGAAUUUGUGCCGCGGGUGGAGUUUCUUAGGUCAUUUCUCCUUGAUGAAUGGCGUUUGGUCAGGCCCUUAAACUGGCCCUUUUCGUUGUUUUGUCCUUUUCCCUUCACUUUGGAACAGAGGGUAGUCCUCGGGAGACCCAGUUUCUCAUGUACCUGUUAUAUUUUUUCGGAUCUAGCCCUACAGCUCCAAGGGUCGUACAUAAAUUACGUGCAAUUUCUGUG